AUGGCCCCUACAUCUCUCCCCGUGCCCCCCGGCGAGCAGGACAACACCGGUGAACGCUCUCUCUCCAUCGAUCUCUCGCACCUGCGACAGGUUCUACGCCGGCACAAGCAGCCAGCACAAGCACAACCUAACACACGCCGCUACGCUGCCCUCUUCCACAUCCCCAAUUGCUGCAGUCUCCCCACGGACACAGAUGCAGACACCGUCUCUGACUACGACGGCGAUCUCGAUGAGUACCUCGAUGGUGCCCAGUCUCACGCAGAGCACCGUGAUCUCGAGUCUGACGUCGAUUCCGUGUCAGACGACGAGAGUCAGUGGGAGUAUGUCCCUCCCACCGCGUACUCUGCUGUCACUUCCCCAGACCACACAAACGCGAGCCUCAUCUCCACCGUCAGUGCUGCUCAAGAGAUCGCUGCUUUAUAUCGUGCCAUGUACUGCGACCCCGAGGAAGUCCAGGAGAGCGUGCACGAGGACGGACAGGAACAGGGUAUCUGUGAUAAAGAACUCCCAAGUAUUCCAGACGUAGGCAAGGACGCGAUAUCUGUGUACACGGUCGCCCCUUCUCUCUCUUGCCACUCAGCCUUGGACGUCUCUCCACCCAAGCCGAUCGAGGACCUUAAACUCCGUCGCCGCCGCUCAGAUGCCAAUGCGCUAGAGGAAGCUGAACGCGAAGCUCUUCAAGUCCUUCAGCGCACAGGACUAGGCAGGUCAGACCGCGUGACAUGCCAGCGUCCGGGGUGCUACGACACGCUCCACAGCCUCAAGUCACUAACAUUCCACAUCCACAUCCACAACAUUCACGAAACUGUUCGCCACGCACGUCACCGACACGCCCCUGGAGGGCUCGGACUAGGAGUCGCGUGCGCAGAGUGCGGGAGACACUACGAGUGCGCGCGUGAGCUGAGUAUGCAUGCGUGUGGACGCCUACCCAAGGGGGUGCAACGUAAGAGGGAGGGAGAGGGGAUGGGGACGUCGGCAGGCCCUUGUCCUUCCUCCAUUCCACUCCCCUUGUCUCCCCCGAUGAGUCCUAUCCGUGAUGGGUUCCGUCGUGUGUUUUUGAAGCCCUGUUUGGAGGACGGCUCUAGCUUUCCGUGAAAAAAAUAAUGGGGACGGUGAAGUGCGUCCUUGGUAGAUGCGCCGAAAACUGCAAGGACCUUCUUUUCUUCCUUCUUCCCAUUUCACUAUAUUUUAAUUUUACAACUUGCUUUCAAAAAAAGAAAUAUUCUGGUUAUUUGUAGUACUCGAUCUUAUCUUCAUCUACUGUAUCGCUUAGCUUUUUUCUUCCUUCUUUCCGUUUCCUAUUCUUUCUCAUGUUUUUCUUUCUAAUCUCUCCUUCACGUCGGGGCUGUUAUGUCUCUCAAUCUACUCGUUUGUAAUCAUUCACCACUGUCUAUUGUAUCUCUUAGAUUUUUCUCUUUAUCUACUUCCAUUUUAUACAACACCUUCAUAUCGUAUGAAUAGAUACCACUUUCCACUUUUUAUUUUAUUUUCUCGACUCUUUCCCCACAAUACCAGCAUAACCGCAAUUAGAUCAUCUCUCGCUUUCUCAUCUCCCCCACCUCUCACUCUCUUU